GCACUCUCACUACCGGUCUCUUUUGCCACGUUGAUCACAACAGAACUGAAGUGUCAUUUCAUUUCGAGCAAGAUUUGACAAAAAUGCAAGUCCUAGGAGUUUUCUUACUGAUUGCCAUUGCAGGCACAUUUGCAGGGGAAUAUAAAGAUGAGAAAGGCGUCCUUGUUUUGACAGAUGACGACAUUGCAGAUGCUAUAGAUGAGUUCAAAUACAUCUUAGUGGAAUUUUAUGCCCCAUGGUGCGGACAUUGCCAAGCCCUUGUCCCAGAAUAUGAAAAAGCAGCACAAACACUUGCUGCUGAAGGCAGUGAGAUUCGUCUGGCUAAAGUUGAUGCAACAAUUCAGCAAAAAAGUGCUGCCAAAUAUGAAGUUAAAGGCUAUCCAACUAUCAAAUUCUUCAGAAAUGGAAAGCCUAGUGAUUACAAUGCUGGCCGCACAGCUGCUGAUAUGGUCAACUGGCUGAAGAAGAAGACCGGCCCGCCAGCUGUCACCCUGUCAACUGUGGAGGAGGCCAACAAGAUGAUUGAAAAGGAUGAGGUUGUUGUCAUUGGAUAUUUCAAGGAAGCAGAUUCUGAUGCUGCCAAGGUGUUCAAUGAAGUAGCCGCAAGCACUGAUGACAUUCCAUUUGGUAUCACAACCAACAAGGAUCUCUUCAAGGAGCAUGAGAUGGAAUCAGAUGGUGUCAUGCUCUUCAAGAAGUUUGAUGAAGGAAAGAACCGAUUUGAUGGUGAACAUACAGCUGAGAAUCUCAAGAAUUUCAUUACAAGCAACCAGCUUCCAACCGUUAUUGAAUUCACACAGGAGAGUGCCCAGAAGAUUUUCGGUGGUGAUGUGAAAACCCACAUUCUGCUGUUCUCUGACAACGUGGAGAAGGACAGUGACAACAUGGUCGCAUACAAGGAGGCUGCCACAGGCUUCAAGGGAAAGGUACUCUUUAUCUACAUCAAUAUUAAUGAUGAAGACAACGGCAGAAUCCUGGAGUUCUUUGGCCUCAAGAAGGAGGAGUGCCCAGCCAUCCGUCUCAUCCGCCUUGAGGAAGAUAUGACAAAAUUCAAGCCAGAGAAAACUGACCUGUCCGCUGCCUACAUCAAGGAAUUCGUGUCCAGCGUUUUGGAUGGUAAAAUAAAGCCCCACUUGAUGACAGAGGAAGUGCCAGCUGACUGGGACGCCAAGCCUGUCAAGGUCCUUGUUGGAAAGAAUUUUGAGGAAGUUGCCAAAAAUAAGGACAAGGAUGUCCUUGUUGAAUUUUAUGCCCCAUGGUGCGGCCACUGCAAGCAGAUUGCACCCAUCUGGGACCAGCUUGGGGAGAAGUACCAGGAGAGUGACAGCAUUGUGAUUGCCAAGAUGGACUCCACAGCCAACGAGCUUGAGGACGUAAAAGUCCAGAGCUUUCCCACAAUCAAGUGCUUUCCUAAGAAUGGUGCUGCCGUUGUUGACUACAAUGGUGAGAGAACUCUAGAGGGAUUCAGCAAGUUCUUGGAUUCUGGAUGCAGCAAGGAGGCAGCUGGUGCAGCAUCAGAGGAGGAUGAGGAUGAUGAAGAGGAGGAGGAGGAAGAGGAGGAGGCAGAAGGGGGAAAUAAGAAGCUUGACGACGAGCUGUAAAUACGCUCUCUUCAAGUUGUGGAUUUUCAUCAUAUCGGUCUAUCAUCCAUCCACUUGCAGCCACGGAAUGAGUGGUUUUGUAACGGCCCAGUGAAUAACAUGGGCAGCUUUCUCGAUUCAAGAUUUUUGUUUGCUUCCAGUGCCAGAAAAAUAGUGCUAAAAUUGCGUUUGUUUAAAAUGAAAUUAAAGAAAAGUGCCUGUCAAUGAGAUUUAUACUUUUUUGUUACUGCUCAAAAGUAUUUUCUACCUUUUUAUAUAGCAAUUCUGAUUUGCAUGGUUAUAUGUUACAUGCAUAAAAUUGCAUAAUGUUUGAAAACCAAAACCAAAAUGUUUUUGAGAACUUACUUAAUAUUGUUUUAUGGCAUGUUGAUAAGGUAUCUUUAUAACAGCUUUAUGUUUGUUAAGAUGUGCAAACAAAGCACUGUGGCUAUAAAUUAGGUUUAUUUGUCUCAUUUCUCAUUCAUGUUUAAUCUUUAAAACAAGUAUGUCUAGUCAACAAACCCAUGGUGAAAGCUUGGUGCUGGCCCUACUUGUGUUAUAGAUCGUCUCAUCUAGGUUUUACAAAUAUUAAUACAUUUUAAAGUGUUUGAAUUCUUGAAUCAUGUAGGUCUUCAAAUUGAUACGUACACUAAAGUGUGCGCCAGUGUUGUUCAAUUAUGUUGAAAACACAUAGGACUUUUCUCACUGAUGUUUAAAAUCAAAUAAAUAUGUUCAUUAUACAUCAAGCUGGUGUUUAUACCUUGAAAGAAAAAUGUGUUCUUAGAUAAUGACUGUGAGAUUAAUUGUGCAUGGCAAUUUGUUGUUAUUGACUAGGUGAUGUGUUUAUUUUUUGUUGGCCUUUUUUCUUUUUUUGGUCUAAGGAAUUUUGGUCUGCAGUUUACAGACUGUAUUUUUUAAGAUAUAUUUCAACAAAUAUACUUAAUAUGUUUUUUGUUGUUAUUUAUAUCUUUAUUUUUAUUUUUUAAUUUUCAUGCUGCCACAAUACUGUUAGUGACAUCUUUCUCUAUUGUACAGUUCUGUUUUUCCCUCUGAAUUUAUAAUAUAUUUGUUAUUUAAGAACUUUUCACAUUUUGUCUUAAUUAUGGUUAAUUUAUGUCUUCUCAUAUUUAAAAAUGCGUCCUUUGCUAUGCAUAUUGUGUUAUUUUAUUGCAUUUUAAUUAUCAUCAUUAUUUACAACAUCUUAAAAAUUAUUUACUGUUAUAAGAAACCUAAAUUCAUGUUUACGUUGUUUUUUUGUUUGAAAAUGAAUGCAAGGUAUUUGUCUGCGUGGAAGGUAAUUUUCAACAACUCCAUCUAAAAUGUGUAUGAGUUGGAUGAGGUAGAUAAGGUAUUUACAAGAAGUGAAAGAUUGGUUUUAAACGUUGAUACUAUAUUUUUGUAAGCUAAAUUAGUACCAAAGUAUUUGACUGAAUAAAUAAAACUACCUUAGCUGAUUUUCAGCAUAAGGUAUUGGUCUUCCAGUACUUUCAAGCACAUGGGUAUAAGCUUAUUACAUACAAUGUAUGUUGUGCUAUGAACUUAAAAAAUUGGACACCCUUAAGUUAUGAUCAAGUUUACUUGGUGUUUUUGUUUGAAUUGGCAAAUGCACUCAUGUAUAUUUUGAGUUUUUUUUACAAAUAUGUGUUAUAAUUGCAAGACCUCUCUUUGGCAUAAAGCUAUAGAUAGAUUGUUGUAAAUUAUUUUUGUGUAUAAAUAAUGAAUGAUUCAGAAAAUUUGGAGUAAGUUUGACAGUGUGAGAUUAACGUGUGGUUUGCUGUUUGCGCAUUCCAGUGUAUUUGCGAAUGCAUUUUUAUUCUCGUACGAUCAUAUAUUUUGAAUAGAGAAUGACAUCAAAACCUUGAGCACUUUUUGUUGACAUUCUAUUCCAAUAAAGCGCAAAUUGAUUUUUUUUACAAAAUAUUGGCUGUUUUGCAUCGUUAAAUUAGCUGUUUUUGCUUACUUUUCAUGUUAAUAUCAGUUAAGCGUUGAAUUUUUCAUGACACUUUGUUCUGUUAGUGAUCAGCAUUGGGCACAAUUGGAAGACAUCCGUCUGUUUUGUAGCGGAUGUUUGUCCAUGCUUCUCAAGCAGUAUAAUACACUUUACUUUGAUGUAUUAUUUAUUAUCUGAAAAUGGUCAAAACUAGUAUUGUUUCUUGUGAAACAAAUAAAUUAAAUACAUA